AUGACUGCAACCGACAUUGAGUCAGAUACCGAAUCAUCGGAGUCAUCUUGCAUCUCGAGGGUGGAGUCCUUUGCAGACACGCCCGAAAAGGGUGUUGAAAAACGGAUUUUCAGCCAAAAGUAUGGCAAAUCAACGAGCUCGGACUCUGAUCUCUCUGUGGAAGAGUGCCCUGGGCCUCAGAGUCCUAGGGUUUCCUCCAUUGAAAAGGUCAAGGGUAAUAUUGAUAUGAAAGCAAAGGUCAUGUCAAUCAACUGGUUCAGAAGAUUCGGGUUCAGUAGCCGGUGGACUCACACUCUUGCUUUGCAUGCCUUUGGGGUUUCGAUGCAGAGGAUCAAGGUUUUUCCCCCUUGUCUUUGCUUGGCUAGUUCGCUAUGGCUUGCCAUUAGGCUUAGUGAGAGAAAUCUUCAGACGUCUUUGUGGCUUCAGAAGCUUGAAGCAUGCUCUGGUGUUCCCAUGCAUUGGUAA